UGUCACAAGAAACGAUUUUGGUUGUGUAUUUUCCCUCAGGCCAAUGAUGAAUGGGACCCUUCUUUGACGAUCAUGACAUCAAUAGCUCAUCUUGCUGGAGCAUCUUUGGAUUCGAAUGGAAGAUUCUUAAUCCGUGGGGUUUUGUUUGUUGGGUAACUUUGCCGUCUCAGCUAGGCAAACAGGUAGUAGGAGCUAAGCAGCCUAAUGACCUACUCUCCGAUUAUGAUUUGACUCAACUUGCUGACAGGCUUUCCCUACACCCAUAUCAAGAGAGCCUUCCAUUGUGUCAUAUAGAUCGUGUUGCUGCCUGUGGGCUACCCGGUCUAUACAUGCAAAACGAGCCAGCAAGCGUCCCUGGUCCCCUUCCAUCUGAACUCCCCACUGGCCUGUCUCCAAUCUUGAGCAGUUCUCUCUUGCAAAACUUUAAAAGUUGGAAGAAGCCUUUGAGAGUUCUGCACUCUGCACGCACAGACAAACGCCACAGAGCGGCUGCAGCUAAUACUAGCGCGAAACUUCUUUGACCCGAAGAAACAUCCCCAACUGCUAGGUAUCAUGGUGAAGGAGGAGGAGAUCAUCACAGAGGCAGCAGGAGCAAGAGGCUACAUGGAGAUGCUUGGGCUUGGAGAGGAGGCCGCCGACUACCUGAUGUGCCUGUCUCCUUCUUCCUACCUGUCUUCUCCUGCUGCUUCCACCACCACAGCUGUGGCUUCUCCUACCUGUGCCUCGUACUUGGCUCCUCACCCUUACCACCACCUGCUAAGCUUCAGUGGUCAGGAUCAGUACCACGGUGAUGACGUCUUUGGGUUACAGUAUUACGGCGGCGAUCAAGUAAUUCCGGCGGUGGUUCCGCAGAAGUCCAGCCCGACCACCGAGUGCUCCUCCUCCGUCUCCUCCAUGUCGUCCUCGCCGACGGCCACCGCCAUUUCCAGCUCUAAGUCACCGGCCUUCAAGAAGAAGGGAUCGAGAGGUUGUGAUCAGAGGAAGGCUACUGCUCCUGCUGCUGCCACAACCACAAACAAGAGACCCAGGGUGAGGAGGGAGAGGCUCGGAGAGAGGAUCAUAGCGCUGCAGCAGCUGGUUUCUCCGUUCGGGAAGUCUGAUACGGCCUCCGUUCUUCACGAGGCGUUGGGAUACAUACGCUUCCUGCACGACCAGGUUCAGGUCCUGAGCUCGCCGUACCUGCAGCGCCUGCCUCCCUCUGCUCGCGUCCCGGAGCAGGAGAGAGGCACGCCGGCGGCGGAGGAGCAACCGCCGGCGCUGCGGCCGAGCGACCUGAGGAGCCGUGGGCUGUGCCUGGUGCCGAUCUCGUGCACCGAGCAUGUCGCCGGCGCCGGCGCCGGCACCGGCCACGGCAACGGCGCCGACCUAUGGUCGGUGGCGGCGGGCAUGGCGAAGGCGACGGCGACCGUGACGGCCGCCGUGGAGAGGAGCAAGGAGGCAGCCGCCGCCGCCGCCGCCACUGCCGCAUUGCUGCGUGCUGAUCGUCCAGGGCAGCAGCUGGCCUAAUCUGAUGACUGCCAUAUACUCUACUCUACUCCACUUUCUUCACAGCUGCAGGGUUUUAGAACUAAGCCAGAUCUUUUGGGGGGCUAAUCUGUUUUAGAAAUCGACUAGUACUACCUUUUGCUGUUCUUUUGGAGAGGCUGCUGCUGAGUUCAUGGGAAAUUGGAAAGUGGCGCAGGGAUGCACAUUCCAUCGCCAGCAAAGAACUGAAGUGUGUAAAUGGAGGGUGGGGUUUUAGCUGAUUAAAGUACAAGUACUAAUGCUCCUGCUUAAGCUUUUUUUAAGGUUAGAAAGACACUUGAUGCGAUGAUGCCGAGAUGCAUUGGACACGAAUGUCUCUGUGGCAUCGAAAGGUACUCGAUUGUGCUGGAGAGCAGUGCGGUUGGCAGGCUUCGAUAUCGGUGGUUUGUACUACUCCUAUAGGGCUAUAGGGGAUAUCUCCAGAUUAUGCUAUCUUCCUUUAUUGUCCUCGGUAGUCGGCUUGGCCAUCCUUGGAAACUGCGCAACAUGUUUCAUCCGUUUUGACACUAUCCAGGAGUAAAAAAAAUACUCUCCAGUUCUAAAAUUAAA